AUGGCAGAAGUUGUAGAACGCAAUUUGGAAGAUUCCGUCGGCGAGAUUCUGCAUAUCCGAAAGGCGAAACUAUUCAACAGAUUGGAGAUUAAUGAAAUAGUUCGUAAACGAAGACACCAUGAAUACAGUCUUCAAAAGCGUAACAAACGGAUUUUAGACUAUGAUGCCUACAUUAGCACUGAAAUAACGAUAAUGAAAUUGUUACGCUUUCGUCGCCAGAUUACAAAUGAUAGCAGAUAUCUCGACAAGAUUGAGAAGUCAAUUAUUAGUCGUCUAGUACGCUUGCAUCGGCAAUUGUGUUAUAGAUUCCAGUCUCAUCUUGACCUUUGGAUGAGAUUUAUUCAUUUUUGUAAAAUUAUUAACCGGCAUUUAUCUGUUGUACGUAUAUGGAAUAAUGUACUUCAGAUACAUGGUCGCACAGAACCAAGGCUUUGGAUUGCUGCAGCUGCAUAUCAUUUACAUCAUGGUGUCAGAUCGAAGGCCCGUGAAAAUCUACGACAUUUCGACAAACAAAAAGGUGAUUUAUUGAAGACGCGGAAAAGAUUACUAAGUGAAUAUAUGAUAUUGGAUCGUCACGCAUCAAAGGCAGAAAAGCAAGAAAUAAAUGAGCUUAUGGAAGAGUUGAAGGAAAAUCAAACUUCCUUAGAUAAAGCAGCUAAAGAGAUGGUCAGAGAACGUCGUCUUACUUGGGACAGAGCUCAUUUGAAUGCCAUCCGGGAAGCUCGUCAUUUGAUAACUGAAGGAAUCUCUUUGAAUCCUGAGUGUGAUCUAUUACAUUUGGAAUUAGCCAAGCUAGAAAUCAAUGCUUUGGAUUUUUUCCGCACUCGUGUCCUUCCACGAUAUAAAAACUGUGAUGUUGAUUCGGCCAAUACAUCUGCAGAUAUCAGCCUGAAUGGAUGUAAUAAAAAGAAACUAAAAACAUUAGAAAGAGAGGCAGUGGAAAACAAAAAAUUCAUGAGUUUAGUGACUGAAAAUACAGAAUUUAUUGUUAACGGAGGAGCUGUCAAUUUAGUGAUAGAAUCACUACUAUCUCGUUGGGUUAAUAACAGUAAAAUGCUUGGACUACUUCAUCAAACCUUGUUGACCGUUCCACAAAUAAUCGACUCACAUUUAAUUGAGAAAGUGGCCAACCUUGUAAACAAUGCCAAAGAGGUGGAUAUUUCUGAGUCUUUGGAAAAAAUUAAGCCCCCAUUAGAAUGUAAAACUCAUGAAAUUCGAUCAAAACUUUCUGAUCAGUUGGUCGAAAUUCACCAAACCAUGAUGGAUAAAGGUGUUGAAGCUGUUAUACACUUAUGGAAUUCUUGGUAUUUGCCUUCAACGGGUCAUUCUUUACAAACCUCGCCUUUCCGAUUAAUCAAUCCGUCAAUUCCUGAAGCUGUUGGUUUACUACGAUCUCGUUUAACCGCUCUUUCUCUUUACUCUGUGUAUGAAUUAAACGAUCAAUCAUUGCAAAAAUCAACCAUAACAUCAAAUGAAAUGGUCACAAAUGAACAGGAAACUAAAUUACACAAUGCUUAUCAUCAGAAACGUCAAUUUUUGUCCUCCGAAGUUAGUAAAACUCGAGGCUUGUUUGAUUCACUGAGUACUUCACAAUGGGGUAGUCAUUGUCCAGAAUUCUGGUUAUUAUAUUUACGCUUUGAAAAGACUAUUGGAGAUAUUACACAAAUGCCAGCUGUCCAGUGGAGAGCUCAAAAGACUCUAUUGACGGAACACUUUGAUAAAUUUAUAUUCAUGUUAAAUAAAGAACAAGAAUAA